AUGUUAGUUCCACCAAUUGAUACACUUGUUGGCUGGAUAACCAACAAGGGCAAACAGCCUGACUGCGGGUCUCACAGAUUGAGAGAAGUUGACUUGGACACUGAGACCAGCAGGAAGAAAUGCAAGGUUGUCAAGAUGGGUGCAUCUUUGCCCGCAGUGCCAACAAAGUCCAAGGAUGCGACCAAAGAGGUCAAACAGGUGGAAGCAAAGACUAAGAUUGGCCAAGUGCAGCCAAAGGCGAAAGGAAAGGGAAAGGAGAAGGCCGAGAAAACUGCCAAGCCAGAACAGUACAUUCCCGGCUGUCAGAGAUGUGAUGACGAGCCUUGUCUGGUUAUCAUUGGAUGCGAGGGACUGAUGGAACAGGACUUCAACUCGCGUAUCUCCUCCAUGCAUACUAAACUUUUGGUGAUGCAGCUCAAUGUCGGCACCACGGUAACAUUGGUCAAUGGACUUGUCGGCAUGGUAGAGAAGCUUCGGCAGGAGCAAGUUGUUCCCAAUCCAUUGUUCCAACCACCAACGAUGAGCUAUGGCAAUAGUUCCUUUGCCACAGCAUUUGGCAUGAGAUACUUGAACAGUGUUUAUGGCCCUUUGGUUCCUCCCAUCCCACAGUCGGCCAAUAUUGGUCAAUAG